UUCCUACAUACCAUAAUGGCGGCUGUUGCUAAGAAGGAACCCAAAAUCAAGCGCGACCCCGCGAAGAACCCUAUGCGGGAUCUGCACAUCCGGAAAUUGUGCCUGAACAUCUGCGUGGGUGAAUCUGGUGAUAGGCUAACCCGUGCCGCCAAGGUGUUGGAGCAGCUGACCGGACAGCAGCCAGUGUUCUCUAAGGCCCGCUAUACAGUGCGUUCGUUUGGUAUUCGUCGUAAUGAAAAGAUUGCCGUGCACUGCACAGUCCGUGGCGCCAAGGCCGAAGAGAUUCUGGAGCGUGGUCUGAAAGUCCGUGAAUACGAAUUGAGACGCGACAAUUUCUCAGCCAACGGCAACUUUGGAUUUGGCAUCCAGGAACACAUUGAUCUGGGCAUCAAGUACGAUCCCUCCAUCGGCAUCUACGGCUUGGACUUUUACGUCGUUCUGGGACGUCCAGGUUACAACGUGGCCCACAGGAAACGCAAGUCCGGCACCGUCGGCUUCCCACAUCUGUUGACGAAGGAAGACGCCAUGAAAUGGUUCCAGCAGAAAUACGAUGGUAUCAUCCUGAAUAGCAAGAAAUAAGCUCACUUCAACUGGGUGUUUUUUAAGAUGAAUUCUAUAAUAAAACCUGCAUCGGUUACAAAUUAUGAAUGAAU